AUGGAAUCUACACCAGAGAUCCCAAUUGAUGCUCAUACUAAUAUAACCAGCUUGAAGCUCAAGAUCGCCAAGGCUAAAGAGCGAGAGGCACGUAGUGCCAGCAUCGAUCUCAAAGACCACAUAUCUGGACCAAUUCCAGCAAAUCGUCAAGUUCCCGUAAAUGUCGCCAGACGGAAUGAUCGAGUCGUUUCUCCUGAUCCACCACCGGAUAGCCGCCCAGCUGCAAAGACAAGGCAGAAGCCCAAUAACUCACGGGGCAGAAGGAAGGGGACUCUUUGGCCUGGAGGGGAUGGUGAUGGUGACAGCGAUUCUGAUCCCGAGAAGACGGGCCGCAGUGACACCAAGGACGCACAAGUGGUGACCAAGAAGAGAGGCGUGGCAAAAAGCGAAGACGUAGAUCAUUCCAAUGUUAUCGAUGAUUCCUUCGCGAGGAGCCUUGUAAUUGAAGAGAACGAGAGAGUCAAGCAAUUGCGCGAUCUCCGGGAGAUUGGGGAGAAAUGGGAAGAGAUGAAAGAGGAGCGAGGUGAUCACGAACGAAAAGGUCAUCAGAUGAGGGAAAUGGUCAGAGCUCUGGAGCAAUCUGGUCCUGGUGGCCCAGUCCGCCAGAGGCUUCUCGACUUCGACGGCCGACUCCGGGAAUAUCUCAACGACAUUCUGUACGGCGUCAUAAAAGACAACGGGUGGGAGAGCGCCGCGCAGAUAUUGACCGAAGAAGAGGAGAUCGUGCAGUGGCUCGAGAUGAGCGUUCUAGGACGAUGCGUCGAAUUCGAUGGCUGGCAAUUCUCAAACAAGCCGCUGGAUGAACGCAUUUCUCUCGCACUAAAAUCUGUGGAGGAACAAUGUUGGAGGUCGAAGUAUUUCGCUCUGGCUCUGGAGAUAAGACAAGAAUACCUCGAAUCGGUCCCUCAGCCACCCUCAUCUGAUCCAGCUCACGAACCAGCGGAGCCUUGGACCAAGGACAUGGAGUUCGCUAUCAAAGAGUAUUUGCUGUGGAAAUGCUCCAAGUCACAAUUCUACCGAAAACCCAGAUUUAUUGAUGAGCUUGCCGAGUCAUUCUGGGCCAAAAUCGUCAAACAAAUGGUCAAUAGUGCUACGACAGCAACUUCGCUGUCUACGCCGGAUGGAGAAUGGCUUCAGCGUUUCGAGCAAUCGAGAGAGAGUGGGCACUUGAAAGCAGCCUACAUACACUGGGUCAUUGGAGAUGCUGACCCGAUCAAAAUCGAGCAGCUGUGCAAGGAGUGGCACAGAGUGAAACGGGAAGAUGCAUUGGAUCGAUACCACCGUUCAAUGGGGUCGAUCAAGUUGAAAGUCGAGCAGGUCUUCUGUCCUGGGAUUGUGAGGGAUGGAGAAGUUUCCUUGUUAUUAUUGAAAGGCGGGUUCCCUACAGGAAUUCGUCCAGUUUCGCCCAAUGAGCUCAAGAAUUUGGGCUGGUUUCGCGAUGAAGAGAGAAGAGGCUUCAACUUUUGGAGGUGCGAACGAAUUUUCGAGGAUGGGACUGGGAAUUGGCUCAAAGUUUGUAUGAGUGGCAAGGUUCUUGGUGCUUUUUGCCUUGAAAACUUGGGUUCUGCUCUUCAAUACACUGACGACGGCAAGGGCGGGUGCGUUCUGAACCGCAGGCCUCUGAGUAGUGCAGAAAGACUCGCGAUCUUUGGCAAUUCAAGAGCAUAA